AUGAUCGCCAGCUACCUCCCCAACAGCAGCAUCAAGACCCUUCGUAUGACUUGCAAACCCCUCUGCAACACCGUCAGCCUUCGCCUUGACCGUGCCUUUCUCUCGGCAAACCCACUCAAUAUUGCUGUCUUUCGCGCAAUCGCAGACAGUGAGAGAUUCCGCCAUGGAAUUGAAGAAAUUAUCUGGGAUGAUGCACGCUUCAUCAAAGCCCCGCUGGGCGAGUUCCACAUCGCUGACGAGCGAGAGGAUCUCUGGAUUGAUGAGGAGACUGGAUGCCCUGAGUGGUUUGUCAAUUCCUGUAAAGAAAACAGGAAAGACCUUGAGAUGGGCAACUACCCCGACCAGGGCCGCAUCGAGCAAAUCGCACUUAUAGAGGAGCAAGCUGCUGCCGAGCCGCCCUUGAAGAUCUUCUGGCAAUAUUACCAAAAUCUGCUCCAGCAGCAAGAGGACACAAUUAUCUUUGAUAUGGAUGCUGAGGCCCUGGAGUACGGUCUGCGCCGGUUUCCAGCUCUCAAGAGGGUAACCAUCACGCCUGCAGUGCACGGCUGGCUUUUCACACCCCUGUAUGAGACGCCGAUGAUCCGCGCGUUCCCAAAGGGCUUCAACUACCCAAUUCCCCGCGGCUGGCCGGACAACCCCGAGGGGACGUUCACACCAGAAGCAACGCCGUGGGAGGACGAGGCCACACGGAAAGACUUUCGGGGCUUCGGCAUUGUAACGCGCGCCCUGGCCUCCUAUGCGGACCACCAUGUCUCUGAGCUAAUUAUAACUGCUAACACCCUUCAGACAGGGCUCAACUGCUGCGUCUUCGAAACCCAUAAUGCGCAAUACACUGACUUUGCGGCUAUCCUUCGCAAACCGGGCUUCGCCCGUCUCGACCUCUCCCUUUUAGUCUGCGGCCAGGAACGCACGGGAUGGCCCGCCUAUAGGGAUGGACUUCUCCGUCGCGCUCUCAGUGGAGCCCACGGCCUUGAACAUAUUAGUCUAUCUACAAAUAUUGAGGAGGACCCGGCGUCCGACAGUACCAUUCCUUGGAGCGCGGGCGGUCGUGAUCAACUCGUCCCGCUCCGCACAAUCUUCCCAGUUGAUGAGUGGAAGUCCCUUCGCCAUUUCAGUCUCUCUGGCUUUCAUGUCGAUAAGGAUGACAUCAUCUCCUUCCUCUUCGCACUACCGCCGACCCUCCGCUCCGUGUAUCUGGGGUUCCUCUACUUUGUUGACCACGGUGGCUCCUACCGUGAACUCCUCAUAGACAUGCGUGAUCAACUGGACUGGCGGAAGCGAGACCCUGCAGAUAGACCGGUCGUCUCGCUCGCCAAACCUACCUCUUAUAAUCGGAUCGGGCAUGCGGUCUGGCUUGAUAAUGAGAAAAGACGAAAAAUAAGGAACUAUGCUAGCCCAGCACAUACAUACACAUCCGCCUGCAACCCCGAGGACCUGCACGUUCUGAUCCCUCGAGUCGAUGGCCAGGCGACCAUGGGUACCAAGAAGGUGACAGCAUGCGGGAACAGUCACUGGCUGACUGGCGACUGGCGUUAUCCGGCAUUUCCCAGCCGUCCUGACUACGACUGGGAAGGAAUCGAGAAUGGCGCGCGGGACUCUAUCUCAUGCUACUGGGGCAAUACCUCGGACAGCUGCUCCAACUGGGCAGUAGGAGGCCUGACCAGCCACGAUACCAGAUGGGCCAGGGACACGAAUGGCAGCCCAACGAGGAUAAGAACGAAUUAUCAGACCGAACAUGUCUUUGAAGGCCAGCUCAUUGGCGACUUCUUUGAUUGGUGGCUGGAGCAGGGCAAGAUAAAGAACCAGAGGCCAAUACCUGCCAGCGCAAGCAGCAAGUUCCCUUGUUCGAGUUCAGAAGACUAUUUCCUGAGACCGCGCGCCUACUACCCAUGGACACUUGACGGAAAACAAACUGCAUUUAUCAACGUUCUCCUGUCCGAGCUAGAUGUUUACGGGCAACGAGCCAACAGACCGAGACAAAUACAAGCGCAUGGACAAAGACGCUCAAUUGCAGCCUGUUUAAAGAGGUGGGAAGUAUGGGACAAGUUCUGCUCCACAUAUGAAGCAAUCUACGGCCACUUUGGCUCGUGGGACAACUGGCACAGACAGGCCGGGUACCCUGCCGGCCCGCUCCCCUCAAUGCAAGACGAGUGGAAGGAAUAUAUUCGCGUGGUCCUAGAUUCAUUCGUCCUACGGGCACGGGAUACUUUUGAUUUCAUGCUUCGAGAACGCAAAACUACUCAUCUCCUCGCCACUGAUCCGCCCUUCGACGGUCACUGGUUGUCUAACCGGUUUGUCAUUAGAAUGUUUCUAAGGUUGUCCUUGGGGUGCAACAAUAUGGAUGCUUCCAGGGUAUAAAGACGUGCAUAUAACACAUAUUCGAAGUGUAUAGUCUCAACUUCUAUCACUCAUAGUUGCUGCCUUUCUAACCGUUCACCCCUUCAUCCCUGCUCUGGCACACCACAGGUGCCUGUCCUGCUGUUAUUGCAGAUCUACAGAUCUGCCUUCACAACAUGCCCACGCCAUCCCACUGCCCUGUCUGUGGAUGCCUGUUAGGAAAUGAGACGGUUAGGUCUUGCAUAUUCGUU